UUCCAAAGAGCUUGCUAGUCAUAAACUAGAACCCUCUUGGCGUGAACCUCAUGGAGACGAUUCAACGACAGAAAAUUGUUAGCGUACUCGUUGUUAUUGCAGUGAAGGCGUUGAUCUCGAUGCUGCAUGUGAACUCAAUAGGUCCAUGCGGUAGAGGAUCCGGGCCCUGCAUCCCAGCAGAACAAUGGUCAAGGCAUGUUCGAGCUCAGGAUUUUCCUGGUUCUUCACCGUCUGCAUCACCAAGUCCUCUCACUGUGGCCCACUUGGUAACAGCUGAUCUGUUCGACAGUCUUUUCCCAGCACGAAAUUUCAGCUUCUACACGUACGUGUCGUUCUUGACUGCAGCAGAAGCGUUUCCUGACUUCGGAACUAGCGGAGGUUUAGAUUCUCGGAAGCAAGAGAUUGCAGCUUUUGUUGCUCAUAUUCAGUACGAGACAUCAGGUUUAUCCUUCAUUGAGGCAGGGGACCAGUCCACUGAUUACUGUGACGUCAUUGCCAAUGCCUCGUUCACGUGUUUUCCUGGAAAGAAGUACUUUCCUCGUGGUCCCAUGCAAAUAACCUGGAAUUACAAUUACGGGAGUGCUAGUGAUAGUGUGGGCACGAAUAUUCUUGCAGAGCCAGAACUUGUAGCUUCAGACGCAGUUCUUUCCUUCAAAACAGCGUUGUGGCUGUGGAUGUCAAACUCUUCGAACAAGCCAUCAUGCCAUGCAGUCAUGACGGGAAUGUGGACUCCUACUUCUACUGAUGUGGCUGCAAGUCGACUAGCAGGAUUUGGAACAACCACCAACAUUUUGAAGGGGAAUGAAGAAUGUGGACAUGAGUCCCCCGAGGCAGACUCUCGUACUAAGCUAUAUUUGGAGGCGGCAACAGCAUUAGACGUUGUUCCUGGCGAACAUCUUCAGUGCUCGACUAGUUUGCCCUUCUAGAUUUGUGCUGCUUUUUGAAACCCUUAGAGCGUAAACAAUCUAACAUUAAACAGUAAACAGUCUAAAUUGUCCAAAACAGUCUAACUACGAUGUUUCCAGAAACUAUAAUAUGUCUCCUACGUAUAUCAUCGACCUUCGCCCAGAUUGGCCCUCGGAAUUGCUAACAAGUGCAGUUACUUGAAACUACUUAAACUGUGAUGAAAAACCGAGGUUACAAGUGUGCUCAUCACGAGAAACUACUUGACAAUACACUCUUGAUUAUACAUAUAUAUAUACAUAUACUUUUCCUGAUAUCUCUUAAGUUCAAAGUAUGAGCAUUCGAGAAAUUCGAUGAAUUCAUAAGCAUUCGAUGAAGGUGACAUUGUCAGAACUGGGCACAUAUUGCUUGAGUUUCUUGAGCGUUCCAGAGUGGUGAAAACACAGAAAAUAUGCUUUGGUACAAUAAAAUAUUCAAUGAAUGAAAUGCUGUAACACUAUUCCUCAAAUGCUGAGGAGCUCUGGCUCCGCUUGGCGUAAGUUCCAUCGGUUAAGAUCUUAGCCUCGUGGAAGAUCCCUCUAUAGUUAAAUGCGACGAAUCAAACAGUUCAUCGGUUGAUGUCAGUAUUCCGCGCUUCUUGUCUCCCUUCUGUGUGUAGAGAUGCUGCAAGAAUUAUGGUCGCUAAGAUUCUAUGGGAAAGAGUAAAUCGUGUGAUCGGAGGUAAUUGGG